UGACGUACAGUCAGCUGGACGCUAAGUUUACUGUUUCUGGUAGCUGAGGUCCUCUCUAGCUGGGGGGGAAAGCGUAGCUGUCGUAGCUUUCGGUUUAAUUUCCUUUCGGUUUAUUUAAUGUUAGCCGUCAUUGCUCUGUUUUUUUAGUUUAGUUUAGUGUGGAUUUUAGGUAAAACUGACAGCUUUUGGAGCAUCUUGCUAACCUAGCAGCUAACUUAGCGAGAGACCCUGUUGUGGAGAGAAGUAAGGUGAGGACAGGUGUCUUCAACCAUGGCAGGUGGCAUCACGGAUACAGGCGAACCCUACUCCCCAUUUGUGGGGUUGGUGUAUAUGUUCAAUCUGAUCGUGGGAACAGGAGCUCUGACGAUGCCCAAAGCCUUCGCCACAGCCGGUUGGGUGGUCAGCAUCGCUCUCAUCUCCUUUUUAGGGUUCAUGAGCUACAUGACCACCACCUUCAUGAUCGAGGCGAUGGCGGCGGCCAACGCUCAGCUGCGCUGGAAGAGGAGAGAGCAGGAAGAGGUCGAUGACAGUGAUUCCACCUCAGAGUAUUCGGAUGAUGAUGUCAUGGGCAGGGGCCGAUCAGAGCCGGAGACGAAGCCCAUCUUGUCUGUCCAGAGAUCAGGAGGUCACGUCGAUCAUUUCGACAUUAUCGAGCGGGUUGAGAUGGGUCAGAUGGCUUCCAUGUUCUUCAACAAAGUUGGCGUCAAUAUGUUUUACAUCUGCAUCAUAGUCUAUCUGUACGGAGACCUGGCCAUCUACGCUGCAGCUGUGCCUAUAUCAUUAAUGGAAGUCGCCUGCGGAAACCACUCGUGCAGCGCUGGAAGUGUCAAGUACAACGAUACAGAUCCGUGCUGGGGUUCUGUCACCAGGAAAGAUGCUUACCGAGUGUUUCUGAGCGUGUUCAACUCUCAUGUUGGGGCCUUUCACCUUCUUCAACGCUCAGAGACCAAAUAUCUUCAGAUUCUCACCUCGCUCAUGCGCUGGAUCGCGUUCACCAUGAUGAUCAUCUUGGCUCUGAUCCGCAUUGGUAAAGGUACCGGCGAGGGCCAUCCGCCAGUCGCAACCCUCUCUGGGGUGCCCAACUUGUUUGGAGUGUGUGUCUACUCCUUCAUGUGCCAACACUCCCUCCCCUCCCUGGUGACGCCCAUCUCUAACAAGAAACAUGUUGGCAAACUGGUACUGGCCGACUACGUUCUGAUCCUGGGCUUCUAUGUCCUCCUCUCGUUCACCGCCAUCUUCUGCUUCAACAGCUCACUGCUGCACGACAUGUACACCCUGAACUUCACCGACAACUGCGACGUGUUAGAUAUUCCAUUCCUGCGCUACUUCUUGGGCUUGUUCCCCGUUUUUACCAUCAGCACCAACUUCCCCAUCAUCGCCGUCACGCUUCGCAACAACUGGAAGACUCUGUUCCACCGGGACGGAGGAACCUACCCAUGGGUGGUGGACCGCAUUGUCUUUCCCCUCAUUACUCUGGUGCCGCCAAUCGUGGUAGCCUUCUGCACCCACAACUUGGAGUCCUUGGUGGGCAUUACAGGGUCUUACGCUGGCACAGGAAUCCAGUACAUUAUCCCAGCCUUACUUGUGUAUUAUGGCAGACGCCAUCUGGAGCCUGUGAUGGGCAGGGAUGCCAUUAACAAGCACCGGUCUCCCUUCCGCCACAACCUCUGGGUUUGGUUUGUUGUUUUGUGGGCUAUCUUCUGCCUCAUGUUUGUCACAGCCAACAUUAUCCUGACUGACACCAAGAAAUGAGAACUAAAAAAUAUAUAUGUAAAGAGAGAGAGAGAGAUAUAUCUGUUUGGUCAGUCUGUCUGUUCCUGUACACAAGGCCUUACUUGCUGCUGGUUGGACAGUGUGCCUUUUUAUGGGACUUUUGUUGCAUAUAUUCUAUGUACUUAAAGAGUAAUUUAUCAAAUUUGUUAAAAGGGACCAAAUGACAAGUGUAUGUUCCAUUGUAAAAGCUAGAGCAGUGCAUGACAACAACAAAAGAGACUUGAAAAGGGUAAUUUAUUUCAAGUGUGUUUUGUCAAUAUAUAAUUGACAGUCUGACGUUUUCACAAGAAUUUGCACAUACAUUACUCAAUCUUUUAAAAAAAGAAAACCAAGUAUGUAAAGGAUUCAGUAUGCUUCAAACAAACUAAAAGUGUUUAAAGUUGUUCCAAAGGGCCACACUCGACGGCAGGGUAAAAAGCUGUCCGUCUUACUGCAGAUGAUGCACAGUGAAUCAUUUGAAUGGAGAUAACAGCACACACUUACAGACACUUUCUCCUCAAAGGCAUUCAUUGUGUUGAACUCGGUUGUUCACGCGAAGAAAGACAGAAAAGAGCUAGAGAGAGAUUUGGAAAGCCUCCAUAUUUUCUCACCUCCAUAUGUGGUUUUUAGGUUUCUGGAAAUUACACAAAUUGUCGGACUAAGCCUGUGGUGAUUUCAGACUGCAGUUGACAAUCUGACACGCACUUUGUUUGAAGCAUGCUGACAAGUUCUGCAGGGUUGUCUAUUUUUUACGUCCUUAUUUCCUUAAGGCUCUUUCAGAUCCCAAACUAUCGAAAGCAUUAAAAUGCUGAAUCAUCCACAGAACCUACAGAAAAAGUUCCAGUAAAUUAUAUCAAAGCCUACUGAAGGAGCAAAGUAGCAACAAGGAGAAAAAGAGCCUGUCACAUCCAGACUUGUGUUUUGUUGUGAAACUCCACGGCGUCUAGCUUAAUAAGGAACUUGGAAUAACAACCGACAUAAGAAGGAAAAACAAACGAAUCAGGGAUGAUUAUUCUUUUUCGUGGCUGACGUGUAUCCAUUCCUCACCAGUGGCUAACUCCGAUCUCCUCAUCCCCCUGUGAACAAUGAAGGUCCGUCCGUGACAGAUCUACUGACAAAUAGGCCUCCAGGAUGAGCUCCAUCUCUGUUUAUCACCAGACACUCGCAGCUGUAGUUCACACAUAGGGCAUGUCUCCCGUCUUUUACUGCUCAGCACCGAUUCAUGACUCUGUCAGCCUCAUACUGUAUCCAUCACACCUGACAGGGUGAUAGAGAUCUGCAGUGUUCCAGCUUUGGCUCUAGAGAAGGCAUCUGUGGCCAAAAGUUAAAAAGUACUGAGUCAACUGGCACUGCAGAGCUUCAUACGUGACACUCAUACUGUGGUUUAGUAAUGCUGAUUUCACUGACACUUGGCAGCUUCCUUUAUGAGUUGUGCCUGUUAAUGAAAUGUAUUUUUGCCCUUACAAAGAUCCGACUGUAUGUUUGUGUGUCCAUGUGAGUGAAUGAUUAGAUAUUGAAUUUGUUUAAUGUGAAUCCAAUGACUCUUGUUUGGAGUUGUGAAAUGUGCCUUUUUAUGGGGUUAUUUUUCUUACCCUAAACCUAUCGACUCUGCUGUUUUUAUCAUCUUAUGAAAAGCAGCUUGCCAGAUAACAUCUGCAUGUCUUCAUUUAACUGACAUCCAGUGUCCCCAACAUACUUUGUUAUAUAAUCUAUACUGUUAUAUAGAUUAUAUAUUUGGUAAAUUUUUGGUGUAAAGUCCUUGUUUGCUUUUUCUUUUUGUUCUUUUUUGUUACAUGGGUGUUCCCUUCAUUGUAUUUGUGAGAAUCUUUGUUUUCUUCAUGUUUGUAUUUGUUUGGCCAGCGUGUGAUCAAAUCAUUGAUGUUGAUGUUUACUGCUUUAAUGGAUGUUCUGUUUGAUUUUUAUGAUUCACAAAGAAAAUAAAGGCUUUA